GAUGACGAAAGACGCUCCCUCUUUGCCACUUCUACUGCGAGGAUGAAGACCAUUCUCAGCAAUCAGACUGUCGACAUCCCCGAAAAUGUCGACAUCACUCUGAAGGGGCGCACAGUUAUUGUGAAGGGCCCCAGAGGCACCCUGCGGAGGGACUUCAACCACAUCAACGUAGAACUCAGUCUUCUUGGAAAGAAAAAGAAGAGGCUCCGGGUUGACAAAUGGUGGGGAAAUAGAAAGGAACUGGCCACUGUCCGCACCAUCUGCAGUCAUGUACAGAACAUGAUCAAGGGUGUUACGCUGGGCUUCCGUUACAAGAUGAGGUCUGUGUAUGCCCACUUCCCCAUCAAUGUUGUUAUUCAGGAGAAUGGUUCUCUUGUUGAAAUCAGAAAUUUCUUGGGCGAAAAAUACAUCCGCAGGGUUCGGAUGAGGUCAGGCGUUGCUUGUUCAGUAUCUCAGGCCCAGAAGGAUGAGUUGAUUCUGGAAGGAAAUGACAUUGAACUUGUAUCAAAUUCAGCUGCUUUGAUUCAGCAAGCCACAACAGUUAAAAACAAGGAUAUCAGAAAAUUUUUGGAUGGUAUCUAUGUGUCUGAAAAAGGAACAGUUCAGCAGGCUGAUGAAUAAGAUCUAAGUUGUCCAGCUGUAGAAACAGCAAGGUGCCGAAUGAUUCCUCACACUUACUUGGGAUAUUCCUUACAUUUAUUUGUGUAAUUUUAAAGAUGGAAUAAAAGCUGUGUAUUGAUCUGGACCUUUUUUCUUAAAUUGAUCAUUCUUUCUGGCUGUUUGGCAAGUAAACAGUUAAGUUUCAUGUAAGAUUUCAUGGGAGAAGUGACUUUUUUGAAGGAAUAUCAAGGGUAUUUCAGGCAAGAAGAAUAUGGUACCAGUGACAGGCUACACUAUCUGGCUGUUAAUCAUUGAAUGCAGAAUUUGAAGGAGGGUGUCUUGAAGGUAUCAAUUUUGCAGAGGUGCACUUUUGAAUAUCUGAGGUGAGUGUGUUUAAAUUACCUGUCUGUACCAGUAACUUAAUGUGAAAAAGCUGGGGCAUGAAACAAAGUAAUACAGCCUUAGAAAUAUUUAUAGACAUACUAUAUAUC